AAUAUGCCCGCAAGAAAAUGAAUCUUAGGGUUGUACACGAUGACAAAUAUGUACUCUGUUAAAUUUAUUUUGAACUUUGUCGUGCACCCAUUUUGCUAUUUGGAAACGCGCAGGGCUCAAUGUUUUUGGACUGCAUUAGAAUAUUGAGAAAGGGGAGGGCUGAGACCAUGGAAGAAUUUAAAGAAACAGAAAUAUUCGAAAUGCGGCAUUGGUGGAAUUGUCAAUAUACUCAUUGUAUAGUGCCAGCCCUGUAUAAGGUAUAAUCAGCAAGCUUCGGACAGGUUAAUAAAAAAACGGACGUUUCGGGCGGAGACCCUUCAUCAGGACAUCAACUCAUAAAUCUUAGGUAAGGUCCUCUCAGGCUACGCCUCUCCAAAGAAAACAAUCCAAGUUUUCAUCAUCUCUAAUCCGGGCAGCAUCGCUUGUGCGGGGCGAGCGGAGUUGCCAGGCGCCGCUGACCCGCUCACGGGAUCGGCGCCAGGUGGAAGUGGCGUGUCGGGCCGGAGGGAGGUUCCCCUGAUGGUGCUGACAUCGGCGAGGGCGGAGUUCAGCCGAAUGAGCACCUAAGUAGAAGGUGGCUUGUCGGGAGGCGGUGUGCUGGUGCUAACGAGUCUUCUCCUCGUCUCUCCCUCUCUCUCCCUUCCCGUUUCGCUCCCCGGGCAGAGGAGGCCUGACAACAAGAUGGCUGCGCCGUUGCUGCAGACGGGGACGGCGGGCCAGGGCAUCCCUCUGAGCGCGUUGAGCCCCAACUUCCUCCACUCCAACUCCACUAGUCAUACUUGGCCUUUCAGCGCCGUGGCAGAACUGAUCGAUAACGCAUAUGAUCCUGAUGCAAAUGCAAAGCAGUUGUGGAUUGAUAAGACUGUUAUAAAAGGACAUAUUUGCUUGAUUUUCACUGACAAUGGCCAGGGGAUGAAUCAAGAGAAGUUACACAAAAUGUUGAGCUUUGGAUUCAGUGAGAAAGUUACAGUAAAUGGGCAUUCCCCAGUGGGACUUUAUGGCAAUGGCUUCAAGUCUGGGUCAAUGCGUCUGGGAAAAGAUGCAAUAGUUUUCACAAAAAACGGAGAAGCCUGCAGCAUAGGCUUCUUAUCUCAGACUUACCUUAACAAAGUGAAAGCAGAAAAUGUUUUAGUACCGAUUAUUUCAUAUAGCUUGAAUAAAAAGCUUUUAUCUGAAGACAUGCAAUUAAGCUUGGAAGCAAUUUUGUCCUCUUCUUUAUUCAACACCGAAAAGGAGCUACUAGCGGAGUUAGAGACUAUUCCUGAAAGAAGAGGAACAAGGAUUAUAAUUUGGAACAUAAGAAAAACCAAGGAUGGAAAGCCAGAGUUUGACUUUGAAUCUGACAAGUAUGAUAUCAAAAUCCCCGAAGAUAUUUUAAAUGACAAUGCAGAGAAGAGAAAAUACAAAAGGCAGGAUCGGAUGGAUCAAUUUGUGCCUGAAAGUGAUUAUUCAUUACGAGCUUAUUGCAGUAUUUUGUAUCUGAAGCCGCGCAUGCAAAUAAUUCUUCUGGGAAAGAAAGUGAAAACACAACUUGUUUCCAAAAGCCUUGCACAAAUUGAACAUGACAUAUACAGACCUUCAUUUCUUGGGAGAAACAUAAAGAUAACCUUUGGCUUCAAUUGUCGAAACAAAGAACAUUAUGGGAUAAUGAUGUAUCACAAAAAUCGUCUGAUUAAAUCCUACGAGAAAGUUGGUUGUCAACUUCGAGCAAACGAAAUGGGAGUGGGUGUCAUAGGAGUCAUUGAGUGUGACUUUCUCAAACCCACACACAAUAAACAAGACUUUGAUUAUUCAAAUGAUUACAGGCGUACACUUCAAGCUGUUGGGCACAAACUGAAUGAUUACUGGGAUGAGAAAUACAACAGUAAGCAGUGUAACCUGGGUAUAGCUAAAGAUUCGCAGGAGAUUCCUGAUCAAGUAUGGGUCCAGUGUGAUAGUUGUUUGAAAUGGCGAAAGAUCCCAGAUGAGAUAGAUCCAGAUAUGCUUCCUGACAAGUGGUUCUGUAGCAUGAAUCCAGAUCCAAAAUACAGGAGUUGCAGAGUCCCAGAAGAACCUGAAGAUAGUAUUGAGGAUACUCCCAGUUAUGAGAAAAAAAAGAAAAAAGAAAAGAGAAACUGUAGAAAGUUUCAGCAGGAUCAAAACAACCAGUCAAGCAUACAGAAAAUCAUACAGAAAUACAAUCGGGAAGCUAAUGCCCUUCAAAGAGAACAGCAGAGAUUACAGACAAAGAUUCAAUUAUCAGAGCAAAAACGAUCACCCCAAUCUAUUGAAGUAACUUCAAAUAUUCAGGGUAUCACCAAGUGGAUGGUUGAUGGAAAUAAGACACAGAACAUGCCUUCAAGUCUGCAAAGUAUCCCACCUCCAAUAUUGACCUCUCCUGUGAGUAGUUUUAAAAUUGUAGACGUCAAAUCGCUGUCACCUUCGCAAACAGCAAGUGAUGGUCAAAGCAUUAAACGAAAAAUUAACUAUGAUGUUGCAACUUCAACUUCAAAAAUCCUAAAACUAAAUGAUGAAAAUUCACUUGGCAUCUCUUUGAAUGGGCGUCCUGCUCCUGAAGUAAAUAUUGAAGAUGACUUGAUUCUUCUUGAAGAAGAAAGUACACCAAGGCCUGAAGAAAAUUUUGAUUUGUCUAAAAUAAAGAAAGAGGUAGGAGAGAGUAUCGAUUCAACAAGCUUUGUCGUGGAUACUUGCAGUGAUAAUAUUUCACUAAGGAGUAAAGAACAGACAUCUUUAAGUACACAAACUGAGAAACUAAACAUUUCCAUCAAGGAAGAAGGAACUGCGUCUGAUAAUGUUGCUCAAGGCAGAGUACAAAUUCAGCAGCCCCAUGACACACUGCUUCAGUGCUCGACAGAUACCUAUGAAAGUAUUGUUAAAAGCACUGAAGCAAUACAAAUGGAGCAAAAUUUGCUGAAAUCCAUGACAGAACAGAGGGACAGCUUGAGGGCAAAAAAUGAAUUGUUAGAAAAAGAACUAGACAGUUUGUCAAAAAAGUUACCCGCAGUGUCUGGCUGUCAUGUCAAAAAGGAGCUCUGUGACCAAUGGACACAGUGUGAAUUUAAUGUAGGGGACAGUACUGAUGAAUGUGUGAAAGAUUUCAACGAAUUGAGCAACGAUGAUAAAACAGUCGUAUAUAAACUGGCAUUGAAGGAAGUGGAGAGUUUAAAACAACAGUGCCAAGCAUUGGAAGAUUGCAAGCAACAAUGCACUGCCUCAACCAUAAAAGAGGAUGAUGACAAGCAAGCUCAACUGCUGGACAAUGUAUUACAACAGUUAGAUGCCUGCACAUCUGAACGAGAUCAAUUAAAGGAUAAAGCUGACCAACUCCAAAAACAAAAUGAUGCAUUGAAGUUCAACUGUACAGAUCUUUCUAAAGAAGUGGAAAGUUUAAAGCAACAAGUCACCGAAGCACAACAGAGCAACUUUUCAGCUGAAUCAAGUAUACAACUCAGGUCUCUACGGAUUGGUGUUGCACAGCUUCUGGUUGAUAUUGUACCUGAUCUGGAUUUAGAGCAAAUAAAUUAUGAAAGUACUGUUGUUGAUGAGAUUCUGGACCAAGUACUUACAGCCAAUACAUCAUGAUGAUCAUCUCCUGCUUUACAGUUUGGAUGUACUUUGAAGAUAUCCAGUGGAAUAUGUAACAAAACCAAUAAACAAUAACCCAGAGUUUACAGUUAAGCGGACAAUGCACUUAUAUAAUUUCUCUUCUGUUUUCUAUUAGAUCUAAGAUGCUUGUUUAUUCAUUUUCUAACCUAGUAAACAGUGGAAUAGCCCAUUGGAGCAGUUUGAAGCAUGCUUGAAAAAUGAACUGAUUUAAUUGGAGUAAACAGUUCAAACUAGUAUUAGAACUUUCAUGAAGGGAGCGGGGAACUGCAGAAAUCUGAAUUAAUAGCAGAUACAUGGAAUUAAUGCUUCAAUGAUAGAUCUUUGAUCUUGAAACAAUAAUUGCGCUACCAGUCUGGUGGAGUAUUUAUCAUUUUCUAUUUUUAUUGCAACCGUAAUUAUGAUAUUAAUACAAAACAAUGUUGGAUCAAAUAAUUGGAGAGAGUGAGGUAUUUUCCCGUUUAAGAGUUUCAGUUCAUGUCAUUCCUGCAAAUGUAAAUUUGAUGAGCUGUAUUUUGCUCAGUGUUCCCUCUAAUUUUAUUUACAGCAGCGCAUACCAACUAUUGCUCAGAGCAGGAAAUUUUUACACGGAUUGAAAACUUUGGUAAAAGAAAAUUUCAGCUGCAUGGCAACAAAGACUAUGUGUGCAGGAGUAUUUCAGUUACUGUGCGGCCACAAGCUUACAGGGAACAGUGAUUUUGUUAAACGUUUUUCCUUGUGUUCUCAGAGUAAUUUUUCUGUAAAUGGACAGUGUUUAGAGGGAACAGUGAUGUUCCUCAGUGAUUUUCCUUGGUAUCUAACUAAUUGUGCUGUAAAUGAACAUUGCAUAAUAUUUUGUGGAUUUUACAGUAUGGAAACAGGCCAUUAAGCCAUUGGAAAAACAAUUGUAACCAACUGCUUAUUGUUAAGCCCAUCACCCCUUCUGAGGAAAAGGCCACUAAAAGCAGCUUGUUGGAAUCCUCUGUUCUGGCCAGUCAUUCAAAUGGUCCGUAAACAUAGCUCAACUUCUUGAUGUCAAAUCCUUCUUCUCUCAGGAAUGAGGUCUUUGGAGCUUCUGUUGCUGUUUCUGUAGUUCUGAGUUUUUUUGGGAUGGGGUUGCUAGCUCUGUGCCCAACCUUCACCCUUUCUCAGCCGGACUUGGGACUGUCCAUGGUGGAGUUAAUUGCCUGGUUCUUGCAAUGUAAAUGAAUUUUCAUUGCUCAAUCACCCUCAGGUUUCAUUAAUGCAAAUUAUUUUUGUAGUAGUGAAAAUUCAGUUCAUACAGAACACCACUUAAUUUCCUUUUUGGGCUUGAAAUCUGUGAGUCCAUGAAAAACUAUGAUUACACUUAAAGUAUAUAACCUAUAUUGUAGAUUUUAAAAAUAAAUAUUCUAGAUUAUUUGAUAGAAAGGGUGUGUUGGGUGAGGUAAUGCAACUUCUUCCUCAACCCCUAAUAUUUUUGACAUUUCCUGCAAUAUUUUGAUUUUUCUGUAGCUUGUAAAUAAUGCAUUUUUAAUUUAUUGAUGUAUUAGUUCAAAUUCAAGCCUAAUUGGCAUUCAACCAUACAUGAAUACAGCCAAACGAAACAGGAUUACACUGAGGGCAAGGUGCAAAACACAGCACCGACAGUCAUACUUAGCACAAGGCACAUAUAGGAUAACAAGCAUGUAUUAGAUAACAGUAAAAAAGAGUCACACAAAAAAAUAGUCCAAGUCCCUAAGUCCAUGAAUGUUAUAGCAGUCUGCAGUCGAGCACAAGAUAGCUUGUCUACUGCCAAGAAAACACUGGGGAGCAGUACUAACUCCAGCGUGGAUGCUGUGCCACACCGCCCCUGGCACUCCGGUGGAGUGCCCAGCUCUGAUGACUCCCACUGGGCGGCUGCAAACAGGCGACACUGGGGCUUGAGGCCUAGUUCUUGCUCUGACCGAGGUCAUGCACUGCCCCGCCAUUUGUUAAUAAACCAAUGAAUUGGACUUGCAGUAUUCCACUUGCAGCAUUAUUGACCAUUUAUGAAUGUUGUUACACAAAGUUUACUUUUAAGUUUUUUUUACAGUAUAUAAGAAUCUUACACGAUAAACAUGGAGAUUAUUUAUAAAAUUGGGGUGAUAAAUACAUGCUUUUUUUUGACUUUUAUUAUUCUUAAAAUCUCUUUAAACUUGCUGGGAGUUCCAUAGAUAUCUUGUCUAUCUGGCCGUUUCAACAAGUGAAGCCUGUGGUAAUUGCAGAUUGUGUAUUUAUGAAUGGUAUUUCAUCUGAUCACUCUCAUCUGUGUCACAUGUACCACUUCUUCAGCCUAGCUUUUUCAGUGUUGACAUUAGUAUCAGAGAUUUUAAAUUCAUAAAGUUAUGUAGAAGUACAACACCGAAACAAGCCCAUCUAGUCUGUGCCAAACUGUUAUUCUGCAUAGUCCCAUCAACUUGCACCUGGACAAUAGCCCUCCAUAAAUUCAGGUCAUUCCUUAUUUGAUUUGUACUGCAGGCCAAUCACUGUCUGAAAUCACAUCUCCAAUUUACAAUUUAACAUCCUCAGUUUAAGCUGGACAGAAGGAAAUUGCAUGUGUCAUGCAUUAUAUUGCACGUACUUUUCAUAGAAAUAAACUAUGCCAGCAUAUAAAAGGUGAAGGAUUCAUCGUGCAUAAAUUCAUUAUGAUGUUUUGACUUAAUUCCUGGUUCAGGUUCAGAUAAAGAGUACUUUGUGCUGCCUCCAUCGCUACGUUAGUGUAAUGCUUUACAAUGCCAGCAAUCUAGAUUCAGUUUCCACUGCUGUCUAUAAGGAGAUCUUUACGUAUUCCCCACGGGUUUCCUCCCACAUUCCAAACACAUACAGGUUUAUGGUUAGUAAGCUGUGGGCACACUUUGUUGGUGAGUGGCAACACUUGGAUUGUGCUUGUUGUUCACAUAACACUGAAUGUUUUGAAGUACCUGUGACAAAUAAAACUCUUCUUUCUUUUCAGUAUGUUAUUACACAAUGGAUUUCAAACUAAUUCAUAGCAGUUUGAUUUUCAGCCAGUGUCUAAUGGAAAAGGGAACUUCAAGUUUACCAUUUCUUUGAAUACACAAUCUAUUUGUCAUAAAGUUACACAGUGAGGAUCUCCAUUUGAAAAUAUCCAUUAUGUUAUUUAACUUUCGAGGAGUGUAUUGCCUGACAUUUUGACAUUAAUGUGCUCUCCUUUGGCAGAGAUAGACUUCUGUGUUGUAACUUUUUCUCUCAAGUGAGCAUUAUAUAACUCUAAGCCUUAUUUCAGCAAGUCUGCUCUCCAGGCAAAUUGAUCUCAGACUAUUAACUUGUGCUGCUUCUGAACCGCCCAGCAAGAGAUUUGAAGCAACUGUAAUGAGUGAUUCAUCCUGGAAAUGAGUUCCCUGUGGAGUAUCGUGUCUUCACACUAAUUGCUUGUUUGGAGUCUUUAUUCAACCUCUGACAUACCCUUAUUAUACACCAAGCAUGUACACCUUUUCAAUAUAUUAGAAUGAUUGUUCCAUUUGUACUAGACUAGAUUUUCUCUAAAGGACCAGGUUUUGAAUUCCAACCUUAGGUACUUUUUACAAUUUACUCAGAGCGGUCAUCGUAUUUUUUUUAGAGAUUGGAGUGUUGCCAGGACUGCUGCUUUUAUUGCUCAUCCCUUGUUGCCCUUAGAAAAUACCACACUGAUUGACUGUAAUCCAAGUGGUAGACAACAUCACCGUUGAGAGGGAUCUUUAGGAUUUUGCUCCUGCAACAAUGAAGGAAUGACUAUCCAUUUCUGAGAUAGAAUGGUAUGUACAUUUUAGAGAGAAACUUAGAGAUGAUGUUUGUCUCCUGUAUCUGCCACCAUCAUCCUCCUAUUUGGAGGUCCUGAAUUAGUGUAGCCAAAAUAACCUUCACAAGUUAUGUAUGGCACAUGUGGAUAUAGAAUGACAAAUGGUGGUGAGAGUGAAUUGAUUAUAUAAAGGAAAGUGAAUCAGACAAAAUUACAUGGGAUGAAGUUUUAAGGUACCCUAGCUCUGGGGAGUAAUAUGGUACUUUUGAGGUAUUAUGGAGGUAUCUGUAAAGCCAUUCAUUUCUGCAGGAGUAAUCAACUAAUCCUAUUUGUGUGAAUGUAUUGAAAGAAUUUGAUGGUGGUAUCUUCUUUGUUUUAAUGACAAGAUGUAUUUAAUAUAUUUCUACACACAAUAAUGAACAGAGAAAAUAUGAUAAAACACAUCUUUUGCUUUGAAGAAAUAUCUGUUGUUUUUUUUCCCCAAGAAAAUACAUAUGAUGAUGAUCAUUACCAAUCAUGCCUACUUUAGCUGCAUUGUUUUAUUAAGCAAUUUUACACAGAUAUUAUAAAUGUAUUGUUUCAAGAAUUAGUGAAAUCCAUUAGCCUAUAUCCUUAUUAUCUACUGAUUCAAGUAUUGCUCACAGACACUGAUCUACAUUGUUGCUAAUAGAUUAGAGCAACAAGAUUGAAUCCAGACUGAUUUCAGUUGAGUAUGUCCGCCUUCCUGACUUGUGCAACUGUACCACUUUUCUGCAUUUCAGCCUCUGCCUUUAAAAUUUUUGAUUUUGUUAUUAUAUCACACACAGUUAAGGAAUACCUUCUACACAAAAGCUUGUGUCUUGGGAAAAGAGCUGUAAAGUGGAAUGUGAGCCAUGUAGUCAUAUUUUGAAACUAGAAUGUGACAUUAUUUUAUUCCUCUUCAAUUUGAGAGCUGAACAAUACUCUGAUUCAGAUCUAUAAUUUAGUUUUGUACUUUGAAAGUGCAAAUAUACUCCUUUCUAACUGAAAUGGAAGUCUCAGUACAGAUUUGGGAAUAUAGGAGUAUGUAGAACCAUAUAGUGCAUAUACAUUUGUACACUACUUGAAAUGCUUUGUUUUUUCAACUCUGGGCAGUCCUCUACCAUUGGUUACUUUGUCAAAUCAGGCUGUCUAUCUGAACUUGAACUUGUUCUAGAUUACCAAAUUUAUGCCAACAGACAUAAUGGGAUUAACUUUUACAAAUUUUCUUACCAAUCCCAAAAUCUGUCUUCCUAUUAUCACUGAGAAAGUGAUACAUAAUUAUAUGCAGUUAACUGUGCUGGUCUUGGCUUUAUUUAUGUUGACCUGUCUGACACCAUCCAGUUAUACUGCCAAAUGAUCCCUUGUAUUGUUAAGCUUAAUGAUGCUUUUUACUGAAUAAACUACAGCUCUUCACUUUCUCAUGCUUCUAUGAUUCCAGCUAUUUAUAUGAUAACCAGGCAGCUUACUGUUGACUUUGACAAUAUUCCCAAAUGAUUCCCAUGUUUUGUAUUGGAUUCAAGAUAGCAUAGAUAUUCAUUUUUUGUCCUUUUAUUGUUACUAUCUAUCACGUGUAAACAGAAAGCUUUGUGGACUACUUCAGCCUCCCUCUCACCUACAAAGAUAAAAUUCAGUUUGGUUUACUUAUGCCCUUUUGAUUAUUACAAAAUAAUUUGCUGUCACUUGGAAACAUUGAUAGUUCACAUUUAGCCAAUCAGAAUUAGCAUCUCCCCAGGAAGGUGACAUGUAUAUAUUUUGAUAUUAAACUUAUUGUGAACUUUAAAGAAGCAGAAACUGCCCAUUCCUUCCCCCAGUUAGAUCUAUGGAGAGUAGCUAAAGAUUUUAAUUCCAAUUUCUAAGCUUAGGUUACCAUCUAAGAAUUUGCAAGAGCCACAGGUUGUAAUGGAGUUUGCUUAGCUCAGAUUGAAAAUAGUCUUUUGCUUAACAAAAGGAUCUAAUGCUUUCCCAGUGUGUAUGGCAAAUUAACUCUUCUCAGGCUUCCAGCCUAGUACAGGAAUCUAAACAAUGUUUCAAUGACAAACUCUGCCAUCUUUAUCAGGGAUACCUGAUGAAGAUGGCGGAGUUUAUCAUCAAAAUAUCGGUUUUUAAAAAAAUCAAUAGCUGUACCCGGCUGGAAGCCCAAGAGGAGUUUAUUAGGUUUUUGUUUGGAACAAUAACGGACUGGAGUUUAAUGCGCGAACUCGGAAAGGAAAGAGGUGUUUUUAACAAAAUGAGAGUGGUCUAAAAGUGAGUGUUGUGGGAAUGACAGAGCAUCAGCACAAAUCUACAGUGCAUUUGGCAUUGCGAAGGUAUGUUUCCUAAAUUGAUAAUGUUGUACAUAUGCACAUCCCAACCUCAGUGCAGUUUUUCCUGUUUCUCAGUUUGUGGCGUAUAUCAACCUGUUUUCUCCAAAUAAUUAAUGUAGAAACACUUACUCCCUUGUUAGCUAUCUAUUAGUAGUAAUCAACUAUUUAGUUAAUUCUGCUUUAAAAGUAUUCAAAGACCCUUCUCCAACCACCAUUUGAUGAAGAGUUCCAAAGGUGCUGAACCUUCUGAGAGGAAAAUAAAAUGUCAACAUUUAAAGUAAAAAUGAAUCAUAAGAGCAAUCGGAGAAUGUUUUUCAAUUUCAAGCUCUGUGAAUUAAUAUACAAACAUUAAGAAAGCAGGAGUAAUAAUCAGACUUUUUAAGACUGCACACUUUUUUCUUUCAAUUUUAUAGCUAAAGCCAAUGCUUCAAUCUGAAAUGCUAGAUCACUUCCACAUUUAUAUGGAUAUCCACUGCUCAAUGUUGUCACAAUCUUGUUAUUUUGAUUUCCAGCAUUUGUAGUUUUUAAAUGUUUAAUCCAAUUAUGAUUUUGGUAUUGAUCAAUUUUUAACGUAAUGGAAUCUACAGAACUCUGUGUUGUAUCCCUGCAAGCUUCCACUUGGCACUUUCUCCAAGUUCGAUACCCAAGUCCAAAACAAAAUGGCUAUUUUUUUUGUAUAUUUUGAAAUUAGUAUUAGUUCCCUUUGAUUAUCUAAUAGCUAAAUUGCUUCAAUUUUUGUAAUCUGUUAGUGAAUAAAUAUAUGCAAGUUGGCUGUUGAAAAGUUGACCCUACUUUAUAUCAAAUCAAUGCAAUGAAUUGAAUUAGAUACAGUGACCUAGUUUAUUUUUCAUGAAUCUGAUCCAAAUUAGUUUUUAGAGUUCAUUUUCCAGGUGGGAUUUUGUACAAAACUCAAGAACUGUUUAACCAAAAAAAAAGCUGCAUUUGUUGAAUGUACAUUGUUGUAAUUCCAGGUGAACAGCUUUAGAGUCUUCCAAAAAUGAAUAUUAUUUAAUUAAGUAAAUGUUUUUAAAAGUCUUAUAUUGAAGACUAGUUCUGCCUUCCUUCCCUAACCUGAAAGUGAAGUGUUGUAUUUAUAACGUUGGUAGCAAACACAGCAGCUUUGUUUCAUGCUUUGAAAAUUGUGGGUGAAGAAUAUUAAGUGGUAUUUCAGAGGUUCUCAGGUAUUUUGACAAAUUGAUGGCAGUCACUGUAAUUAAACGCGCCAUUUUUCAAAAUCUAAUUUUAUUGCAUUUUAGGUUGGAAAUUUGAAAUGGCCUUUCAUGAGGCAACUGAAUGUAUUUUUACCCAUCAUGGUCUGUGUUAUUUUAUCUGUCUAAAGUGAUUUCUCUAAUUCUUGAGGAAAAAAAAUCAGUAGAAACCCUUGAUAAAAAUACAGCAGACGGGCAUGAACUGUACUAUCAAUAUAAAUGUUAACACCUGAAUCAUUAGUUAAUAUUUUGUUCAUUAUGCAAAGAUGCAAUUAGUUACAUUUAUGGAAAAUGUUUUCAAUUUCAGACAAUUUUGAGAACAUUACACUCUGUAUGAAUGUAUUGGUAUACCAUUUUGUAAAUGAAAUUAAAUUGGAAAUGAUAUAAACAUUUUAUACUUUGUAUUGCUGAAUAAAU